CGGGGCUCCGUGCAAUGGGCCGAGCUGGAGGCGGGGGCCCGGGUCGGGGGCCACCGCCAGCGCUGCUGCUUUUGGGGGCCACGCUGGUGCUCACCGCUGGGGCCGUGCCGGCACGGGAAGCAGGCAGUGCGAUCGAGGCUGAAGAGCUGGUGAGGAGCACCCUUGCAUGGGAGGCGCGUGCCAAUGACACGCGGGAGGAAGCCAGCCUGCCAGCAGCUGGGGAAGAUGAGACCUCGUGGACAGCGCCCGGCAGUGAGCUGGCCGCGGUGGGCCCUGGGGUCGGGCCAGAGGAGGCAUUGGAGGCAUCCGCUGCAGUGACUGGCACUGCCUGGCUAGAGGCAGAUAGCCCAGGCCUGGGUGGAGUGACUGCGGAAGCUGGCAGUGGUGACACCCAGACCCUUCCAGCUACGCUCCAGUCGCCUGAUGAGGCCCUUGGGUCGUCUACAAUGCCCCCUGCCAUGCCUGAGGCUACUGAAGCCAGUGGACCUCCCUCCCCUACUACCCAUGAUAAGCCUAGCCCAGGCCCUGGACUCCCUAAGGAGGACCCCUUGGAGGUUUCGCUGAACCUGGGAAGCAGCACACUUGACCCUCGAGGGCCAGAGCCCACUUACCCCCUCCAAGGCACUCUAGAGACCCAACCAGCCUCAGACAUAAUUGACAUCGACUACUUUGAAGGAUUGGAUAGUGAGGGUCGUGGUGCAGACAUGGGCAGCUUCCCGGGGUCACCAGGAACCUCAGAGAGUCACCCUGAUACUGAAGGAGAGACCCCUUCCUGGAGCCUGCUUGACAUAUAUGAUGACUUCACCCCCUUUGAUGAGUCUGAUUUCUACCCUACCACAUCCUUCUAUGAUGAUUUGGAAGAGGAGGAAGAGGAAGAGGAGGAGGAUAAAGAUGCAGUGGGAGGCGGAGACCUAGAAGAUGAAACUGACCUUCUCCUGCCCUCUCAAAAGCCUGGUGUGGGGCCUGGGACAGGACAGCCCACUGGUCGGUGGCAUGCUGUUCCUCCACAGCAUACUCUGGGGAUGGGCCCUGGCAGCAGCAUCUCUCUCAGGCCCCGCCCUGGAGAUCCAGGCAGGGACCUGGCUUCAGGCGAAAAUGGCACAGAGUGCCGAGUUGGCUUCGUCAGGCACAAUGGCUCCUGCCGGUCAGUGUGCGACCUCUUCCCAAGUUACUGUCACAAUGGCGGCCAAUGCUACCUGGUGGAGAACAUAGGGGCUUUCUGCAGGUGUAACACUCAAGACUACAUCUGGCACAAGGGCAUGCGCUGUGAGUCCAUCGUCACUGAUUUCCAGGUGAUGUGCGUGGCCGUCGGCUCAGCUGCUCUCGUGCUGCUCCUUCUGUUCAUGAUGACCGUGUUCUUUGCCAAGAAGCUCUAUCUGCUCAAGACUGAGAAUACCAAGCUGCGGAGGACCAACAAAUUCCGGACCCCAUCUGAGCUCCACAAUGAUAACUUCUCCCUCUCCACCAUUGCUGAGGGCUCUCAUCCAAAUGUAAGGAAACUUUGCGACACCCCCUGUGUCUCCUCCCCCCAUGCCCGUGCCUUGGCUCACUAUGAUAACAUUGUCUGUCAGGACGACUCCAAUGCUCCCCACAAAAUCCAGGAAGCUCUCAAGUCCUGCCUGAAGGAGGAAGAGUCCUUUAACAUCCAGAACUCCAUGUCGCCCAAACUUGAGGGUGGCAAAGGUGACCAGGACGACUUGGAGGUGAACUGUCUCCAGAAUAACCUAACCUGAGACCCAGCGAGCGAGCGAGCUAAGGGGAGGAGAGGAGA